AAGAAAGAAAGAUGAGGAGCUGCCGCUCUGUCCCAGUGAACUGCGAGGAGCGAGGAGGAAUAAAAGCUUUAAACCACAGCGGUUUUCAAACCCGGAAAAUGGACGAGUCAGCAGUGAAACGCAGCGUCAGUGUGAGCUGAAGUUAGAAAAGUCUGCGAGCAUCCAAAGGUCUUCCCCUGCCUCGGCUGAACACACCCGAUGACCCGUUCACCUCUGACCUUCAGUGUCAGCAGCCGGUGCCGCGAAGAUGAUCAACCCUCAGAUUUACCUCCACUACAACUACACGGGGAAGCUGGAGCACCGGCCCAGCGUCGGCACGAGCCCCGGCACCGUGGACACCAAGACCGUCGUGUUCCUGAUCGUGUGCAGCUUCAUCGUCCUGGAGAACCUGGCCGUGUUGGUGGCUAUAUGGAGGAAUCACCGGUUCCACAACCGCAUGUACUACUUCAUCGGCAACCUGGCGCUGUGCGACAUGCUGGCCGGAGUGGCUUACCUGGUCAACCUGCUGCUGUCAGGGGAAAAGACCCUGCAGCUCUCACCUGCUCUCUGGUUUGUCAGAGAGGGCAGCAUGUUUGUGGCACUCGGCGCGUCCAUUUUCAGCCUCUUGGCUAUUGCUAUCGAGAGACACCUGACUAUGAUCAAAAUGAGGCCCUAUGAUGCCAACAAGAACUACAGAGUGUUUCUGCUCAUCGGGACCUGCUGGCUGAUUGCCAUAGGUCUUGGAGCGUUGCCUAUUCUUGGCUGGAACUGUCUGGACAACCUCCCAGACUGCUCCACCAUCCUCCCUCUCUACACCAAGAAAUAUGUGGCCUUCUGUAUCACGGUUUUCAUGCUCUUGCUCUUAGCCAUGUCGGUCCUUUACGCCCGCAUCUACAUCCUGGUGAAGUCCAGCAGCCAAAAGGUGAGCAAGCACAGCAACUCGGAGCACGCCAUGUCCCUGCUGCGCACGGUCAUCAUCGUAGUUGGCGUCUUCAUCGCCUGCUGGACGCCCAUCUUCGUCCUGCUCCUGGUGGAUGUGGCGUGUAAGCUGCGCUGCCCCAUCCUCUACAAAGCGGACUGGUUCAUUGGCGUGGCUGUGCUCAACUCCGCCAUGAACCCGAUAAUCUACACGCUGGCAAGUCGGGAAAUGAGGCGCGCCUUCGUGGGUCUCGUGUGUGGCGUCUGCUACAGGAGGAAGGCUGUGAGCGGCAGCGGGAACAAGCAGUCUCUGGAGCCCAGCCGCAGCAGGAGCAAGUCCUGGAGCAGCCAGAACAACCCCAACCAGAACCAGCAGGGCCCCAGGCAGACGGGACUGGAGAGGGAGCAGGAGACGGACACGGCCCACGGCGAGGUGUCAGUGGUGGCAGGAGGGGCCACGCAGGGUGUUCACCAGAGUGAAAGAAUGAAAGAGGGGAGCAAGUGAUGUGCAGAGAGAAGGUGAGCGUGGUGCUAAUACGUCCUCAAGAAACUGUGUCGAGCAACCGAUCGAGAAUUAGGGAUUUUUCCUGAAUGAAAUGUGGACUUCAGGCCCACAGCUGCAGGACAGCGGUCUCUCCUUUGUGCUUCAUAUUCUUAUAUCUGCGUCAACCAUAAUCUGCACGUGACAGUAGACGGACGUCACUAAUGUGUGAGGAACUUGGUGUUUUGGAGCUUUUGCAGGACGAUGAUGGAAAACAUUUACCUCGCCAACUCAAAAGAAAGUGCAAUUAUAGUACUGCAAAAACAGUGUCACGAAGAACGAUUGUAUAUAUGUUAUUAUAAGUAAGUAAUUUAUUAUUCUGUCGUUUCGUAUUAACCCAGUAAUGCUAUAGAAUAGAACGCCACGCAGUUAGAGCAAAGUGCUCCCUAAGUACUUUAUUCGAG